AUGACUGAGUAUUAUGUAUUAAAGAAAAGUCUCUAAACUUUUGAAAAUUAUGGUAAGACUCAAGAAAUUAGAUAAUAACUAUUAUAAGGAGAUACUCAAGUUUUAAAAAAUAUCAUCACUUUACUAAUAGCUAUUCUUAAAGAUCCAAAAACAGAUCCAAUCAUGAUGCUUCAAGCUGUUAGAGUAUAUAAUCAAUAUAUUUCUUUAUAGUUUAGUAAAGACUGUAUGGAAACAUUCAAUGAUGAUUUCAUUAGUCAAUUCUAAUUGGAAGUCUUACCAUAUUUUGAAUCAAUGGCCAUGUUUGAAUAUAAAAGUGAAGCUCAUGACAGAGGCUAAUUUUAUUUUAGUAAAGAGCCUGAUCCUUAUACAGCAAAACUUGGAAAUACUUUAUUGCAUUUAGUUUUGGAAUGCAUAUGGGUUUGGGCUAAAUGGUUUCCCAUGGAUCCAGAUUGUUUGAAAGUCUCAUGUUAUAGAAUUACACUAGAAAAGUUGUGUAUAUUAGGAGUGAGAUUUAAUAAGAUUCUGUACUUUAACAAGUUAUUAAUUAAACGUCAUUUGCCAGAAUGUAUGGUACCAAUGAAAAUUAUUCAGGAAUUAAGAAGAGCUGUUAAAUUGGAUUUAUAAUAGUAUAUAUAAUAAUUUGAUUUAGAACCUUUGGUAAUGGUAGUUCCAGUAUCAUUAUCCAAUAAAGAUUAAGUUAAUUAUUACCUUAAGAAAUGGCCAGAGAUGAGAGUUAAGAAGUCUUUUAUUCUGAUAUGAUUAGACGAUUAUAUCGUCAACAUCUAAAAAAUGAAAGAAAAUAAGUUCCAAAGAAAUCUGGAUAAGAUGAAUCAUUUGUUUAUAUGCCUGAAGAAAAAGAAAACAAUAUUCAAAAUUAACAAAUGCUUCAAUUGAAUGCCAUCAUAUAAAAAACUCAGUCAGACUUUAUGUCAACUAUAAUUCAAAAAUAAGAACUCCAAAAAUAACUAAGAGAAUAAUAAGAAAAAAUAAAAGUUAUGUAACAAAGAAUAGAAAUCCAAGAUGAACGCUUAAAAUAUUAUGAAGGUGAAAGACCGCUUAGAUCAUAAUUUUUCCAGUCACGAUUUGUAUAGUCUAAUAAUCAAUCAGUUUAACAAUCAUUUAUCCAAUAGUAAUAACAUUCUUGAU